AAUAUCAACUGAUAGCGAUUUUCCAUUUCAAAUAUUAUAAGCAUGGCUUUUUUAAAAUAUUUUAAAUUAUUUCUACAUUCAACGAAGUACGUACAAUUUGACGCAUCAACAAAAUAUAAUAAAUUUUUUUCGUCUGGAGCUGUUCUUACAUCUAAUGAAAAUAUUUACCCAAAUGUUAAAACAUUCAAACACCAGCAUAUUACUUUAAUAUCAUUGAAUAGACCAGAUGAUAAAAAUGCAUUAAAUGUGGCAACUCUUGAUGAUUUAAGAAAAGCUAUUACAAAUUUUGAGAAUGAUUCUUCAUCAACAAUUGCUGUUCUAUAUGGUGAAGGUGGAUCUUUCUGUGCAGGAAUCGACUCUGAUGAAUUGUCCAAGGCAUCACAUAUAUACGAUGAAUUUUUACAAUCAUAUUGUCAAAAGCCAAUCAUAGCUGCUGUAUCUGGAUUUGCUUACAACUUUGGUUUUGAUUUGUGUUUGUGGUGUGAUAUGCGCAUUGUAGAAGAGAAUGCGGUUAUGGCAAUUGAUAGAAAAUUAAAUAUUUCAAAAUCAAAAAUAUUUCUUAAGAGGCUUUUAAAAACUGUAGGUUAUUCAAGAACUAUGGAUCUAUUAUUGACUGGUAGAGAUGUAAACUCUAAAGAAGCAUUUGAAUGUGGUCUUGCAAACCGUGUAGUUGCAUGUGGAUCAAGUGUUGGUCAAGCAGUAAAUAUGGCGUUUAAUAUUGGUAAAUUUCCACAACAGUCAAUUAACUUCGAUAGAAGUAUAAUACAUAAAAUAAUAUCAAAAUAAUAUGGUAAUAUACAAUUAGAACCAGUUUUAUAACUAUGGAUAGACAACAAAAUAUGUAAUAGCAAAAAAAUAUAAAUAUUUUGAAAAUAAUGACUGUUAUAAUAUUUUAAAUAAAACCUUAAAAAGAGAA